UAUGGCUGCUGGCGUGCCCUGUGCUCUUGUCACCAGCUGUUCUUCCACCUUCACCGGGGACAGGCUGGUCCAACAUAUUCUUGGAACAGAAGAUCUUCCUUCAGAGACGCCUACCAGCAACAGUGUAAGAUUUUACCCUUGGACUAUUGAUAACAAAUACUAUUCUGCAGACAUCAAUCUGUGCGUGGUGCCAAACAGAUUCCUUGUCACAGCUGAAAUUGCAGAGGCUGUCCAGGCAUUCAUUGUUUACUUCGACAGCGCACUAAACUCUGGUCUUGACAGUGUUUCAGCAUGGCUUCCAUUGGCAGAAGCAUGGCUACCAGAAGUGAUGAUCUUGGUUUGUGACAGAGUAUCUGAAAACGGUGUAAGCCGGCCAAAAGCUCAGGAAUGGUGCAUUCAACAUGGCUUUGAGUUGGUAGAACUUAAUCCAGAGGAAUUACCUGAGGAAGAUGAUGACUUCCCAGAGUCUACUGGAGUAAAGAGAAUCAUACAAGCCUUGAAUGCCAAUGUAUGGUCGAAUGUGGUAAUGAAGAGUGAAAGAAAUCAAAGCUUUGGCCUUCUUAGCUCAUUGGCUGGUGCAAACUGUAACAUUGGGUCAACUGAAAACCAUCACACUGAACCUUGUAUGCCAGUAGGAGAUAGGGCUGAAAGCUGCUUUGACCAUCAAGAUAAUGCUUCUAACACAGCUGAUGCCCAAGUUGAUAGCAUUGUGGACCCCAUGUUAGACCUGGAUAUCCAAGAAUUAGCCAGUCUCACUACUGGAGGAGGAGAUCUGGAAAAUUUUGAAAGACUAUUUUCAAAACUAAAAGAAAUGAAAGACAAAGCAGCGACUUUGCCUCAUGAACAAAGAAAGUUGCAUGCAGAAAAGGUGGCCAAAGCAUUCUGGAUGGCAAUUGGUGGAGACAGAGAUGAGAUUGAAGGCAUUUCUUCUGAUGAAGAAAACUGAGCUUCUUGUGUCUGGUUUACCAAGAUGUCCUACAGAAGCUGAAAUGAGGAGCAGUAAGAACAGGACAAUCCAAGCAUAUGUGACUGUCCUUCAGCACCAGCCAACCACAAGAAAGACUAAGGGACUGCUCCUGUUUCUUUGAAGAUGACUUUGUUCGCUGUUAUAUGAAGAAUGUUGGCAAGGUCUAAUAUGAAGAUGUGAGAAGAAGUUAGAGAAUUCUUUUCCCAUUACCAUGAUAAAGGGCAAUAGGGAAACAAUUAGGUCAUAUGUAUUAAGGGAAAACAAUUGAAAAAAGUUGUGAACUUGAUUUUGUAAAUUAAACAUGGCUGGAUUGAUUAAAAUGCGUUUAUUUAUGAA